ACGACGCGGAGGUAAUCUGUUGCUAUCAAGAAGAGGUAGAAAAGUGCUUCGUUUAUGGCAACUUUAUUUAAUGGUGAAUUACAACAGAUCCAUUGACUGCUGGAUCAACUGUAACGUAAUCUAAAAGGAAGGAUUUACACCGGAUCGUCUCCUCAUUUGUUUAAACUGAGCUGCUAAGAGAAGUAAGUGCGAUGUAUCACAAAGAGAAGAGCAUCCAGAUCAAAAACAGCGCCUCAGCGCUGUACAACAACCUCGGCGUGCUGCGCAUCGCCCCGAGGAGCCUCACCUACUUCACGGUGGUCCAUGCUAACGUGGUGAACAUGGUCAGCGCGUCCUGGGACGGCCUCAACUAUUCUCACCGUCAGCUGCAGUCCAAGGAGCCAAAUGUCGCCACAAGCACAUCGCUCAUCAUGCAGGCUGCAUUUUGUGCUCUGCCCUCUCGUGAUCUGCUGGUGGUGACCUCUCAGAAAGGCAUCCAGAUUUAUGAAUCUGAUGGCUCCACCAUGGUGUAUUGGCAUGCACUGGAUACUCCGGAUACACCUACAGAUCAGGCCGUGUUUGCUCGGGGGAUAUCAGCAGUGGGGAACAGUUAUAUAUGUGUUGGCGAUUCAUCUGGUUCAAUUCUAGUAUUUGAUGUUCCCAGUAAAGGCAGUAAUAUUACUCUGUCAGACGUCCUGAAGGGUCACAAGAAGUCCAUCACUGACAUUGCCUCAGAGUGCUCAGGCAGCCAGGAUUGCAUAGCUGAUCUCAUCAGUGCAGAUGAUGGGGGCAAUCUGUGUGUGUGGAAGUCCGGGGAGGAAUUUCAGCGGUUCAACAACAUCCCUGGCUUUGAUAUAAGCUGCACAUCGGUCAAGUUAUGGAAAGGUACAGCCGUGGCAGGUUAUGGCACAGGUCAGAUUCGUCUCUAUGAAGCAGUGACGGGAAUCCUGCAUGCUGAGGUCAAUGCCCACGCUCGCUGGAUAUACUCACUGGACAUUGCACCUUUUUCUGGGCUGCUUCUGUCUGCUGCUGAGGACUCUCUGGUCAGGGUCUGGCACCUGUCAAUCAAACCAGAAUCCCUAAGUGUGGAGGUUGCCCAUUUGCACAAUGAGUGUGUGACAGACACACAAAUCUGUGGCGCCAAGUUCUGUGACGGCGAUGGUCACGCCUUUGCAGUGACAGGGUAUGACCUGAGUGAGAUUAUUCGCUACACCCAGUCAUAGGAAUUUGCUCUAGUUGACGUAUAUGAAUGUAAAUUUGGUAAAUUGGAGAAUUUUCGGAAAGAAAUCAUGAACUCAAAGAAACAGAGUCAUAAGUGGCCAGCUUAAGGUCAUGGUGACAUUCUGCAAGGACCAUGGGAAAAUCAUUACAUGUUACAUGUUAUUUUUGUCUUUAAAUGUAGGAAGAAAAUUAGCCUAUUACAGAAUAAUUCAAAAGUAACGUGUAUAAAAAGUACACGUAUGUACAUGUAUGUAAAUCUAGCUUUAACAUUUAUAAAUAUUAUAUUAUUCUUUCUGACAAAAUGUAUGUUUUAAA